AUGACUGGGCUUCUCUUGGUGCUCUGUGUAUCACUGGUGUCUGUGGAGCUCAUCCGAGGCAUGUUUCUCUAUGAGGUACCAGCCGGAAACCUGACCUGCUUCCAGUGCUUCAAUGCGAGCCAGGACAGCGAGUGCAAGCCCAUAGUAUGCCAACCCAAUGAAAAAGUCUGUGUGAGCAGAGAGGUCCUCCAUUACUUGAGUACAAAGACACACACUGAGAUCAACAAGCGCUGUGCCACCAGUUGUCCUAAAUCAAGUGAUUUCAAUACGAUGUCAUUGAGCAGUAUUCAGGACAGAAUCGUCAGAAGAUGCUGUUCAUGGGAUCACUGCAACAGAGCAUCUGGGAGUUGGGAGGGGUUCUGGUCCUUACCAGGGAGGCUCCUCCUGUCAAUGGGUCUGGCCCUCUUUUGCACCCCGUUGUGA